AUGUCAAGAGCACCAAGCGUCCCCGACUCCGCGGUGACAAUGAAGACCAGGCCACAUGUCGACUUUGACGGCCCUGAGGAUCCAUUGAACCCUCUUAACUGGCCCAUGAAAAAAAGGGCAUACAUAUGCGCCAUCUUGGGCCUCAGUACCAUGGUUGUCGCUUUCGCCAGUAGUAUCUUCUCCCCGGCUAUACCUGCUUUGAUGGUUGUGUACGGCAUUAGCAGAGAAGUCUGCACCCUGGGCAUUUCUCUCUACGUGUUCGGAUUCGCCUUUGGUCCCCUGGUCUUCGGCCCUUUCUCCGAGCUCAAGGGCCGAUACUACCCUCUAUUGAUCUCGAUAUUCGGCUUCACGGUCUUCUCGUUCGCAACUGCCGUCUCGAAAGAUGUUCAGUCCCUUUUCAUUCUCCGCUUCUUCACCGGCUUCUUCGGUUCCGGACCUCUCACCCUCGCCGGCCCAGCAUUCGCAGACAUGUUCUCUCCGCAGCAGCGAGGCAUUCCUAUCGUCAUGUUCUGCCUGAUGGUCUUCAUCGGCCCCCUCGCAGCCCCGUUCAUUGGCGGUUUCAUCGUCAUGAACGACUCAAUGGGUUGGCGUUGGACGGCCUAUAUUCCCGGAAUCCUGGGCGGCUUCGUUCUCGUUCUGCUCCUGCUCUUCCUCGAGGAGACCUUCCAGCCCGCCAUCCUCACCCAGAAGGCUAACCGCCUCCGCCAUGAAACAGGUGACUGGUCGCUGCAUUCGAAACAGGAAGAACGACGCAUCGACUUCCACACCAUCCUUACCGAGAACCUCAGUCUACCACUGAAGAUGCUCGUCCGCGACCCCAUUACCCUCUGCAUGUGUGGCUUCGGUGCCUUUGUUUACGGCCUGCUCUACCUCUUCCUCACGGCAUACCCGUUGGUGUUCCAGGGUGUGCACGGCAUGAACCUCGGCGUCGGCAGUCUGCCUUAUAUUGGAGUGAUUGUCGGACAGCUGUUCGGGGCCGUCGCUAUCGCUGCUACCCAGCCGUGGGUGCUGCGUAAGAUGGAACGCAACGAGGGCGUCAUGAUGCCUGAGUGGCGUCUUCCUGUUGCUAUUCCUGGAGCAGUUGCCUUUUCUGCUGGUUUGUUCUGGCUGGGCUGGACGGGGUAUAAGUCCAGUUUCCACUGGAUUGUUCCGACCUUGUCGGGUCUAUUGACUGGGUUUGGACUGUUGACUAUGUUCCUUCCUUCGUUGGCUUAUUUGGUGGAGGCCAGUGAGGACAACGCCGCGUCUGCCGUUGCUGCGCACACGUUCCUCCGAUCAGCCGCUGGCGGUGCAUUUCCUCUUUUCGCGAAGCAGAUGUUCGAUGGCCUAGGUGUCGAAUGGGCUUGCACGUUACUAGGCUGCGUCGCGGCCCUGUUCAUCCCCAUUCCAGUGCUGCUGUACAUCUACGGGGCUCGAAUUCGGAGUAAAAGUCGGAUGUCGGUUUAA